GUGCGAAAGCGCUCGUCUAGACCUGGGCGAAAUGCGCCUUGUGUUGCCACUCCAACUCGUUUAGAUGUAGUGCAUAGGCUCGGAGUAUAUCACCAUGUUGCCCGAAGCCUUCGUCUUUAAUAAAAGGGAGUGGACGUCCCGACACGCGCGCUCUCGGCCGUAUUUUCCUCGUUCUCGUAGGUGACCGUCAUUAUCUGUAAAUCCCGAGUUCAAGUAACACCUCGAUACGCCCGACAUAGAAGAGUUGGAAGCCCAGAAUCUGCUAUUAGGUUUCUCUUAAAAUACGAAGAUGACGAGCCUCCUGUCUGUCGCGGUGCUCGUCACCGCCGUUCAGGCAUUGGCCUUUGAUGGAAGGCCAGCGCAGCCGACAAAUGGCUUAAUACCGAAUCCGACAAUCUCUAUGCCCGAGAUCACUCUCGGCCCGGCUAUUCACGAACUAGCUAAGAGACAGACUGGACAAACAGUACUUGUAGCACCGGAUAACACAUGUGGAUAUGUUAGUGGACGAGUUGCCUCUGCAUAUACCUGUAACGGUAGGGAUUACACCUGCGCGAUCGUCACAACAUCAACAAUCGGUGCCAUCGCUUGUUGCGAUGGUAAUGACUGCGGUCUCCGAGUUGCCUGCGUUGAUUAUAUGGAUUACGUAUAUUCAAGCGCAUGUGACGCCGACUGCGCCCAAGAUACUUUCACAGCUAAAUGUACACACAUCUCCGCGCCGUAUUGCGGCACAGUCAAACUAUCCUCCGGUAUCUCAGACUUCUUCUGUGAUACCGAUAGCGGCUCGACACCGCAGCAGCUAUACACCACCUACAGUGGCCAAACCGGGCGGACUUUCACUGCGGUCGUUGUCACGAUAGACGAUAACUCGAGCACGACGCGCGCUAGUUCUGCCACUAAGACUGGUGCGGGUUCAUCCGCCACAAACACCGCCUCGUCUGGCAGCGACAGCAGCGACAACAGCUCCGAAUCGAAUACAUCAAAUUCGAGCAACUCUUCCAAGUCCUCAACACCCGUCGGCGCCAUUGUCGGUGGUGUCGUUGGAGGUAUUGGUGGCCUUGCGCUAAUCGGACUCGGUAUAUUCUUCCUCAUCCGACACCAGAAUCAGAAGAAGAAGAAGGCCGCUGCAGCAGCCGCAGCCGCCGCCGCCGCCCCACAAAUGCAACAAGGUCCUCCCGGAGCACCCGCCGCUGGUGCCGCAGGAUUCCAGCAGCAACAGCAACAGCCAUACAACCCGCACUACAGCCAGCAAUACCCAUCCCAGCCCGGUUCCCCUCCCGGAUUCCCUCAGCAGACAGCAUAUUACCCUGACCCGACCAAACCUGGUGGCUUUGUCGCGGUGGCGGCCGAGGCGCCGGAUAGGAACAGCUCGACGAGCCCAGUAUCGCAAUUAGACAGCACAAAUCGACCAGGCAGCAUGCAGCCGCCGACAAGCCCGACUUCAACAAUCAAUUCGAGCUGGCAGCACAGCCAAAACGGUGUUGUGACCGGGUACCCACCACAACAGCCGUCGCCACAGCCUAACGUACCGCCGACCGUGCACGAGGCCGGCGGGAACGUGGUCGGUGAGCGGGAUUAUAAUGCGAACCAUCACGGACAAUUCCAUGAGUUAGGUUAAGAGAUUAACUAAUUGCGGUUAUAUUAAUAUUUAGUAGA